GGUCGCGGGGCGGAGGGAAGAGAGGGCGGGCGGGAGGUGCCGGCGCCAGACGCGGAGGAAGGAGCUGCGACCAGCCGCCGAGAGGCCGCGGAGCCCGCGACGACCGAGCCAGCCGAGCCGCCGCCGCCGCCGCGCCCAUGGCGGCCGCCAAGGACACCCAUGAGGACCACGACACCUCCACCGAGAAUGCCGACGAGUCCAACCAUGACCCCCAGUUUGAACCAAUAGUUUCUCUUCCUGAGCAAGAAAUUAAAACGCUGGAAGAAGAUGAAGAGGAGCUUUUUAAAAUGCGGGCCAAGCUGUUCCGGUUCGCUUCAGAGAACGACCUCCCGGAGUGGAAGGAGCGGGGCACUGGGGACGUCAAGCUGCUGAAGCACAAGGAGAAGGGGACCAUCCGCCUCCUCAUGCGCAGGGACAAGACCCUCAAGAUCUGCGCCAACCACUACAUCACGCCGAUGAUGGAGCUGAAGCCGAACGCAGGCAGUGACCGUGCCUGGGUCUGGAAUACCCACGCAGACUUCGCCGAUGAGUGCCCCAAGCAGGAGCUGCUGGCCAUCCGCUUCCUUAACGCCGAGAAUGCACAGAAAUUCAAAACAAAGUUUGAAGAAUGCAGGAAAGAGAUUGAAGAGAGAGAAAAGAAAGGAUCUGGCAAAAAUGAUAGUGCCGAGAAAGUAGCUGAGAAGCUAGAAGCUCUUUCGGUGAAGGAGGGCAAGGAGCCCGAGAAUGAGACCAAGGAGCCCGAGAACGAGACCAAGGAGGUGGCUGAGGAGGAGCAAUGAGUCGGCUCCCAUUGUGUUCUUUCUCCCUGUCUUUUCCCUUUUUCUUUUUUUAAAUUUUGCCCUGCACCCUUCUUUUUGGUUUGUUUUUAUUCUGUUUUGUUUUUACAAGGGACUUUAUAUAAAGAACUGACUUCCAACAUUCAGGUUGUUUUUUUCUAAGUUUUCGCCCUAAUGAAGACGACUUCAGAAAAUCCAUUACCCAGUCGUGAGAAUGUACUGUGCUAACUUUCUUUUCCAUAGUGGAAACACUUAUUUAUAGUCAUCAAAAUAGCAAAUAAACAACACGUUUGAAACUUG